CGACCAGAAACACUGGACAGUGUCCUCAAGAAGUGGCAAGGGGAGACUCAGGAGUUUUGCCCCAAUGCCAAGGUUGUGCUGGUUGGCUGUAAGCUGGACAUGCGGACCGACCUGGCCACGCUGAGGGAGCUGUCCAAGCAGAGGCUGAUCCCUGUUACACAUGAGCAGGGCACUGUGCUGGCCAAGCAGGUGUGGGCCGUGUCCUACGUGGAGUGCUCCUCCCGGUCCUCUGAGCGCAGCGUCAGGGAUGUCUUCCACGUGACCACAGUGGCCUCCCUUGGCGGUGGCCAUAGGCAGCUGCGCCGUACUGACUCACGCCGGGGACUGCAGCGAUCCACUCAGCUGGCAGGAAGGCCCGACCGGGGGAAUGGGAACGAAGGCGAGAUACACAAGGAUCGAGCCAAGAGUUGCAACCUCAUGUGAGGAGCCCGGGAGGGGCAGAGCGUCAGGAGGGGUGGUGAAGGGCACAACUGUUCCCCUGCCUGCGCCCUGGCUUCCUGACCCCCUGACUGGCUGGAACUUCAGGGCAGGUUGAGUGAGCAAUUCUCCUGGGCAAGGGACCUGGAGGCAGAGGGUACCAUCAUUCCCCACACUCUCACCCCCCUCCUCUCCAUAGGAAGCUGAGGGUGCUAGCAGAGCAGGCAUCUGGAUCGGGAGCUGGGUCGGGGCAGGGGGUUUAGGGAAGCUGGCGAGCGGUGACCUUGGU